AGUGCAAGCACGUCAAGACAAACUAGACUAGUGCAAGCACGUCAAGACAAACUAGACUAGUGCAAGCAGGUCAAGACAAACUAGACUAGUGCCAGCACGUCAAGACAAACUAGACUAACACGAUUCGAACUUGGUCCCAGGACGCCAUGUUUAAAUCAACGUUUGACAGUUGGCGGCGGCCACUUCCGGUGUACGACCACAAGCAGCAGAUGAGGACCCGCGCGAGGGAGGAGAGGAGGAAGAGGGAGGGAGACGCCAUCUUGACAGAAAACUGCAGGAACACAAUCCAAAUAAACAAAAGAGUGAUUGGCGUCUUCCGUCCGACAGACAACCUGCCCAGCUACCAGGUCAAACUUAGACACCAUCAGCCAUACAGGUCUAAGGGAGCUAUACGUACAUCAUUCCCGCCAUUUUCUGAAGAAUGCAUCAAAAGUCGACCGGAAUAUUUCACAGAGGAGUGGAUGGAUACAGAUCAGGUCGUUCAUAAACAUGACGUCAUCGGAUAUGCCAGCUUGAUUGCUAAUUUAGACAACAAACUGACUGAGGGUAAAAUAUCCACCAUUGUGAGGUACAAAGAUAAAAUCAUCGCCAUGAAAAAGGCCUUGAACCGUGCCCAAAUACCGGCAUCAGGGGUCAAAGUUCAAUGGAGACUUGCAUCAAAACAGAAAAGUCCAACCUUGUGUUUAGCCUAUGUCAUGCUCAACAGAUAUGCCACUGUUGUAGCUUUGAUCCAGCUCAGUGCCAACUCAGCAAUUUGUGUCUUUGAGAGCAUUGCAGGUGCUUUGAGGGCAGUCAAUAACUCUGGCAGUAGACAGGCUUCACUCAUUCUCAUCGUGUCUUGGUGGCAUUCACAGAUGGCGAGCGCGUCCGUACGAGAGCGCAUCAAACAGAACAAGUCACAGACAGAAAAAUGGCUGCUCAGCCAGGGGGUGGGGGCGCUUGACAACGUGUGUACGGAGAAAACCCCGACAGAUUCACAAAGCUAUGUGACAGAGACUGGUAGCAAGCCUCCAGAUGUUCAGGCUGGCAUGACGCUGAAGCUGACGCAGGGCAAGAAGCGGGGUGACAUGACGCUGACGCCGACUGCCAGCAAACCCAGACAGCCCAGCCCGCCUCGGCACAAUAAGGGCCACGACAGCCGCCGCCAGAAGCCCAACAUGAGACACGACAGCCACCAACAGAAGCACAACAUGAGACACGACAGCCACCAACAGAAGCACAACAUGAGACACGACAGCCACCAACAGAAGCACAACAUGAGCCACGACAGCAGCCACAAGAAGCACGGCUUUAAGUCCGUAGCACUGGCUGUCAUGGCCGUGAUCAAACAUGCUGAUGAAUUUGCUUAA